UCUCUCCCUCUCCUUCUCCCUCUCUCUCUCUCUCUCUCUCUCCUGCACGGUGAGGUCUAACCAGCUGUCAGCCCGCUGCUCCUCUGUCUUAAAUAGCCCGACACUGAGCUCGCACCAUGUCGUCCAGCCUGCAGGAACAGAACCAGGAGCAGAACCAGGAGCAGAACCAGGAGCACAAAGGGGAUGUGAAGGAAGACAUGAAGCUGGAGGACAAACAGAAUCAAAGUGAGGAGAGGAAAGCAGAGAAGUGGGAGGAAAACAAUAAGGAAGAGCCAAAGGAAUCCUGGAAGGAUUGUAUCUACAACCCGAGGACCGGAGAGUUCAUUGGCCGUACCGCCAGCAGCUGGGGCCUGAUCCUCCUCUUCUACCUGGUCUUCUACGGGUUUCUGGCGGGGAUGUUCUCUCUCACCAUGUGGGUCAUGUUACAGACGCUGGAUGACAAUGUCCCGCGCUAUCAGGACCGGGUGGCCAAUCCAGGUUUGGUGAUUCGUCCGCAUGCUGCUGAAAUCUCCUUCAACCGCAGUGACCCGAUGAACUACAACCAGUACAUUCAAAACCUGCACGAGCUCCUGCAGCGUUACAAUGACACUAUCCAGGAGCGGAACGACUUGUGUUUGGUGGGUGAAUACACUGAACAGGACGAGGAGCCAAUCAAGAAGGUUUGUCAGUUUAAGCGCAGUAUGCUGAGUCAGUGCUCCGGGCUGCGCGACUCCAGCUUUGGAUUUGCUGAGGGGAAACCGUGCAUCAUCAUCAAGAUGAACCGGGUCAUCGGACUGAAACCACAAGGAGACCCCUACAUAAACUGUACUGCCAAGAGAGCCAGUCCCUUACGGAUGCAGUUCUACCCAUCAGAUGCUCGUCUGGAUAAAAUGUUCUUCCCGUACUACGGAAACAAAGCUCAUGCGGACUACGUGCAGCCGCUGGUUGCCGUGCAGUUGCUGCUCUCCAGAGAAGACCUGAACGUGGAGCAGACGGUGGAGUGUAAACUCGAGGGAACCAACCUGCGUAACGACGACGACCGGGACAAGUUCAUGGGUCGGGUUGUUUUCCGGGUCAAAGUGUCGGAGUAACCACGUCUACCAGUUGUCAAGGAUACCACAAACUGUGUUGAAACUGGAACUAACUGUCCAGUUUAGGACAAUUUACUUUUAAGACCUGAUCUGAUUUGGACGCCUGAAUGUGGUCUUCUUGAGUCUGGUUUUAGGGUUCAGACCGACGGAUCAGAUCAGGUCUGUGUGAAGCAUGUGAGCCAGAUGCACCCCCACACGUUGUUUUUAAAUGUAAGUGUCUAAUAGUGAUGUAAAAGGAUCCCAGCAGUGUGUAACGAGCAGGGCAGCAAGCACACACACACACCUGGUUAGUAAUGAGAUUACUCUUUUUUCAUCCUGAAACUGCCUUUACACUUUUUAUAAUACUGCACUGACUUUUUCAUUUUGUAUCAACAGGGAUGUUUUUCCAGAUUGCUGAACAGAAUUUUCAGUUUAAAAAUUGAGACAAUCAGUCCAAAAUGGCAGUAGGAUGGAAAGGCAGUAAUCUGAUUACUGAUGGCCAUACAUGAACAUCAUUCAACAGCAUAUUUCAGUUCAUGCACACCACUUCAAGGAAGAUUAAAGAUAGAUUCAUAACAGCAGAAAGCUACAAAUGAUCUACUUCUAGUUUCCUCUUUAAUCUUUGCUUCGUCUCAGUGUAACAGUAAGUAGGACAGACAAUACUCUCGUUGAAUAAUUAAUAAUACUUAGAUAAUACAGGCCCUCUAGAGGCCGAUCAUUGCACUGGGAUAUAGGAGGCUGCCUUGGCGCGCCGCCUGCUGGGACUUUCACCCGUCUUUUAAAAUAUACUUUAUGGAUAUAAUAAGGUCUGCCAAUGUGUUUACAACCUACUAUUGCACAGAUGUUUUUAAAUGUUUACGUGAGUAUUUUUAAAGACUACCGUUGUGUUUACAGCACAGAUCCAAUCAGCUUCAGCAAGUCUGGGUUAAGAUUGUAAUUUCUAGCAUGUCUGAAACAGACUGAUGUAUGGUUUCAUUAUUCAUGUUUCUGUCGACUGAAGGAAUGACAACAGGAAACAAGACUGAUGAUCUCCACUGCUGCAAAUUAAACACAAAGAUUC